AGGGAUCAAGAGAGUAUUGAUGUCGUUGAUUCCGUUGGUGUUGUGUUCUUGCCUCGCUCCUUUUUAUGCUUUUCUGUUUGAGUCUCGCUAUGUAGAGUCAAAGCAAGGCUCUGCUUCCAUCUGCCAAGAUACCUCCGAGCACAACCCAGUCAAGAGACUCAGGGCCCCCGACAGUCCGCUCCUGCUCAGGCGACCAGGCAGGUAAAUAUUCUUCGAACCGCGAGAGGUUUCGAUUCGGAGACCCUCGUACUAGGAUUGGCUAUGAGGUAAAGGAGUUUCAGCUGCCGUCAAAAGCUGUCAGCCGGCGACAAUGCACUUGCCACGUCACACGAUCACCUCGCGUGUUCCGGCUCCAACUUUCGUCCGCGCAUGUUUCUCAUCUGUCGAUCAGGAGUCUGAAGCCGAGCAUCCGCCAAAUCAGAAGCAGUGGAAGGGCAAGGAAAAGGUGACCGACCACCUCAAUGAUGAAGGUGUUGCGAGUGAGCUGCAUCUGGAGGACGUCCAGUACCCGAAUCGCUCCACUUUUGCGUGCGCUACCCAAACUGGCUUUUUUGUGGUCAACACAUGGCCUCUCCGAGAAUUAGUCCGACGAGAAUUUCCAAAGGCCCAAGGAGGCCUCGUCACCGCGGCACCGGUGGACGACUCGUCGCUUGUGUUGCUUGUCGGUGGCGGUCGCGUACCUCGCUUUGCCCCGAGCAAAGUCAUCAUAUGGGAUGAGGCGUCCUCCCACCGACGAACCCCCUCUGGCCUUGCGAGCACUACUAGACCUGCGCAGGCUAGGGGCGAAACGUCGCGCAAAGAAAGCCACACCGAGCUUGCGCAUGCAGAAAGUCUCAUCCUAAGGUCCGACAGCACAGUUGACCUGGAGCCGACUUCGCCGCCUGAUACACCCUCAAAUAGGUCUCAUGCCGCGAUGUCGAAAGCGUCCUAUCAACCUUCACGGUACGGAUAUGGGCUGGACGACAUGUUUCGCUCUCAAGCCAGUAUUGCGUCGCAGCACAAUGAUGAGGACCACGACAGUAGCGGGGCUGAGAGCGAGCAAAUGUUUGUCAGUGUGGCAGACUUUGAUUCCACGGUCAAGGAUCGCGGUGAUGCACCUGAACGAGCGGGCGCAUUUAACGCAGGUAUUAAGUCGGAGAGCAACGCUCGGGGCCAAAGCUCAGCUCCGCCCGAGAUAGCAAUCUCCCUCGGAUCAAGUGACGAGAAAGAUGGACCCGCUCUCCCGGACUCGUUGUUUCCCACGUCAGCGGGCAAUGCAGAGGAUACCACGAUACAAUCGCCAACAGGUGCUGCUAUCGUUGAGCUAGAAUUCGGCGAGACUGUCCGCGGUGUGCAUGUCAAGACGUUUGGCUGCAAGGGCCAGCGCGGCGAAUUUGACAGUAUGCUCAUGGUGGUCAUUCUCAAGACAAAGGCUGUCGUUUUUGAAGUUGCAGCGCCACAGCAAAAAAAUGGAGCAAAUGCCGGAUGGUCCGUCCACCAACGGCUUGUUGUCAACAUGGUAGACACCUUGUCGGGACUUGGGGCAAUCACAAGUCUGAGGGGAAGGCCUGACCUUGCUCUGAUCGCCUUGCCUGGGCGCCAGUUGGGACAUGUUCAGCUCGUUACUCUGCCCGUGGGUCCAGGCAACACGAGCAAACCCGGUGGCCCCAGCACAAUCAUCGCAGCACACACUUCACCGUUAUCGGCUAUCGCGCUCUCCAAUUGCGGUUCACUCCUCGCCACGACUUCAGAAAAGGGUACUUUAGUGCGCAUUUGGUCUACGCUCAGCACUGCCAGUUCCGCACGACCGAGUGCAUCGGGCGCAGCCGACGCACCUCUUCGCACCAAACUUGGCAUUCUCCUCGUGCGCGAGCUUCGACGCGGUCUAGACACUGCGAAGAUCCACGAUGUGCGUUUCUCGCCAGAUGGCGCGUGCAUCGCAAUAGCCAGCGAGACGGGGACGAUCCACUUCUUCUCGCUUGCCAAAGCAUCAGACCUUAGUCGACGCGACUCUACUUUGUCCCAUUCGCAACCCAAAGGCUUUAAGACCUUGUCCCAACUCACCAGCGUGGUACCUUCAUCAAUUCUGCCACAGUACUUCAAGUCCGAGUGGUCCUCAGCACAGUUCCGCAUCUCUCUGCAAUCUUACACGGCGCGCGCAGGGGGGGCACCAGACACAAAAGGCGACACAGGCUGGGUCCAGAUUGGCGGGAAAGAGAGCACGGCAUCUGGUCCGUCUACUGAGGGACAAUGGGCUAGCAUUCGUGGCCGCAUCGAAGAUGCUCGGCGAGGAGAAGCAGGGUUGGAUGAGCAGAUCUUCCUGUCUUGGACCCGCGCGGAAGGCACGUAUCAGCUCAUCGCCGUCACUACGGCGGGAAGCUACUAUCGGGUCUCUCUGAAGCCCGAGAACUUCGAGAAAAUUGCUGAUGACGAGUCGGACGACGAUGCCGAGUCCAGUGUGGUCCUGGACAUGUACAAGACCUCGUCAAAUAAGCGCAGCAGCACGAAGAAAGCAAAGAAACCAAAGCCGAACCAGGACGCAGGUGCUGUCGGCUGCAAGUUGGAAGAAUACCGCAGAUUCGGUCAAAAGGACGAAUUCGAGAUGUAGAACCAACCACAUACGACGUAGAGCACAGCACUGUCUUCGCCUGGUUUCGCGAGCAUUCAACACUCAGUCCCCCAUUUCUACUGUAAUACAGAUAUAUACAAAAGCAGCUGCAUUUGUGAGCGA